ACCCUCACUCCCUCACCUAGAGACUCAUCAUGCAAAUCGUAACUCUCAUCAAUCUUAUGUGGCUAAGAUAAACAACAGAUACCCAUCACAGUUCAGGGUCUGCAGAGGCCAGAUUCAGCACACGGGUAUGAAAGGUGAAAGCAGAGCGUGGAUCUGAGAUCUUAUUUUUUGAAGGCAAUUCACUAUAUUGGUUAUUCUGGUGCAUUGGCCUUUUCUGAUUGGGCUCCUAUAUCAGCACUUAACAAACUAUGGCUUACCAAUUAUUGCCAUUCCUAUCUUAUCUUGCUUGGUCCACUUGAAUGAGCAUUUCUAAUCUAUGCUGUCUGACAUGAUGUAUCUACUUGUUAUAGCUCCGUCAUAAUUAAAAGAACUCAGUUUUUCAUCAAGGUACACUCUCCCACCAUUGGUGGGAAGACGCAUGCAACUAUGCACAACACAUAUUUGAGCUCAACGAUAUAUGCUGUUAGGUGUAACGAAUCAUUCUCUUUAUCUUUCAAUGGCUACUCAAACUUCUGGUAUGAAAUAUUUGACAGAACCCCAUCAUACUGUUCAUCAUGCUGUGGUUGUUGUGAUUGCUGUGCACUCUCCACUUACAGAGUACCCAUAAAGCCUUGUCUUCUGAAUGGGUUGAGGCAAUCCACUCUCCUUCAAUUGUCAGCAUCUAGAAGGUUGAUAUUGGGUGGUGGAGACCAGUACUUUUCCCGGCUACCAGCUUAUGGUCUCCUCAGAGGUUGUAAUGAGCUUAAUUGUUCAGCCAAUGAGAGAACUGUUUGCAAUAGAAAUGGAAGGAGAAUAAAGGGAAGAUGUUUUCGUGCAGCCUCACAAAAAGGGGGAGAAAUUUUCCAUUCAUUUGGUUCUGAUGAGGCUGAAGCAGUUCUCAGCUUUUUGAGUGAGGAAGCAGAUAAGGAUGAUAAUGGUAUCAAAAGGAAGAAUGUGUCUUCAUCCAAAAGAAUUGAAGCUGAAAAGAAAGGAAAAAAUGUGGGCAGAGAGAGACAUUUGACUAUGAGCUUGAGCGAGAAAGUAGAAACAGAGAAAAAAGGAAAUUUGAAGCAACGUGAGACAUCCACCAAAGACUUGAGAAGAGAGUAUGAAAAACCCAACAAAGAAAGAGAAGCCUUUACAAAAGGUGAAAACCAUAGGAAGAAAAGAGAUGUGUCUAGUUGUUCAUCUUAUUACUCAUUUUCAUCAGGAGAUUUUGGGAGUGAUCUGGAAGUUCAGGAUAAGAUUGCUUUGGAAGAAUUGUCAGUGGGAUAUGAAAAGGAUGAAUCAAAUCAUGUGGAGGGACAAGUAAAGGAAGAAUUCAACAGGCAAAGAGAUGACUCAAAGAAGCUGCAUGAUGUUUCAAAAAAGGAUGGAAUUGCAUUUGGUGCUGAUAUUGAUUGGAACCUAAGGAAGAAGUCUGAAAAGAAGCUAAUUGGGGGAGCUAUGCAAGAAAUUGAAUCCACAAAAGAACACCAAGAUAUGCAUUCGAGAGCAUUUAGAACACAUGAAUCUGAUGAUGGAAAAGCAUCUAUUGCACACAAGCAAGUCAACCGAAAGGAAGAUAAUUCAUCUUUUGUGGAGGAUUUGGAUAAGAAAACAAAAAAGGCAUAUAUUCAAACAGGAAACAGAAGAAAGCAUCAAUUUACAGAUAUACAAGAGUCUGGUUGUGAAGAAGUUGAGACAACUUUGUUAUCACGAAAGACAUUCAGUGGCAGGGAGGGGAACCUAGAGAUAUCAGAAACACUAUUACAGGAAACAGGUGAUGAACAUAAAAAAAUUGUUGGCUCAACUUCUACCACAGGAAAGGAAACUUCAAAAUCAAAGAAGACAUUCAGUGGCAGGGAAGGGAAUCUUGAGAUAUCAGAAACACUUUUAAAGGAAACAAGUGAUAAACAUAAAAAGUUUGCUGGUUCUACUUCUACCUCAAGAAAGGAUGUAAUAAAUAGAAGUUCCCAGAAAUAUAUUGGAAAUUCAAAAAUUGAAGACACUGAAAGGGCCUCAGACACUAGGAUGAAGAACCUGGAAGUGAAAAAGGUUUCAGUUUUGAAUUCUGUUCAGGGAGUGGAGGAGCAACACUACCAAAAAGGAGAAAAGAUCAUUAAACAGGCUAAAGAGAGAUCUCAACAAUUUUCUGAAGUAUCACAAGCUCAUGAGAGUAAUGUGGAAGAUACAUCUACCAUAAAGUCUAAAAAUAGGAUAAAGAACUGGGAAGAAAAUUCAAAAAGUUCAGAUGCAAGGGUGACAUGGCUCCAGACAGAUAAAAAGACAACUCAGAGUGUUCAACAUGGGAAAGGAUCUGAAGUUGUGAGCCCUUUAUCAGAAGGCUAUGCCAGUGAUGAAAAGAAAGUUUCAAGUUCUCAAAGAACUUCUGAUAGGGUGAUAUUCAUCCCAAGAAGUAAAUUGACAUCAAUUGUUAAAACUAGAGAAAGUUCUUGCCAAACUGAUGAAAGGAUUACAAAUUUUGAAUUGGCUAGUGAGGCCCAAAGACCUAGGAACCUAUCCAUUUCAGAUGGAAUUGCCUCAAGAGAAGUAUCGAGCUCCCAGGGAUCAUUGAAUUUGGUUUCUGAGGCUGGAAAACAUGUUAUAUUAGCUGAGGGUGAUGAAAGGAGUUCUGCAGAAAUGUUGAUCACUCCCUCUUCCCAAUUGGAUAGAGGCUCAGCACAUGUUGAAUUAGCUUCUGGAAUUGCAAGCACUGAAAUCUUCCUUGAAACUUCAGAAAGUGGCUCAUCUGCUUUGUAUGAAAGAAGUCCUGCUUUGCUUUCUGGACCAUAUUCUAGAUAUGGAAGUGACCAGGCUGAUAGCGAGCCUUCAACUAUCAUGGCUCCUGAAGAUGCUCUUGGUUCAGCAGAUCGUUUGGAGAAAUCAUCUAAACAUUUUGUUGAUGAGUUCGUUGAGAGGGUCAGGCAUGAAGUCACAACUUCAGAAACACAAGAGAUGGAGCUUACUGGAACAAAGUUGGUCUUUGAAGAUGCAGGUAAUCAGGUAUACAAUUCAAGGCAACAAGGCACUCAAAGUAACUCUCAGUCAAAGGAGUCUGAUUCUAGCCGUUCCUCUGGGUUUCCCAGGACCAAAGGACCUUCUGAUGAGAUGUGGGAUGUAAAAGAACCAUCUGUUGAGCAAAGUAUAGUUGCUGAAGAACCAGAGAUCAGCCAGGAAACUGGGAAACCGAUUGUUAUUAGAACUGGCAGGUCCCUAUGGAGUAUGAUUGCUGAUGUUGUUCGAUUACGUUGGGGUUUGCAUGUUGGUUCCUCCACCUCAGCUGGAAGAUCAGGUGAGAGGAAUUCAUCAAACAAGUCUGAUAGUGAAACACGGUUUUCUGGGCAGGGGCAUGAGGAAACCAGUAAAAGUAAUGCAAUAAAAGAAACGAGUGUGUUACCACAAACCAUGAGUUCUGAUAAGUUAAAGCCAGGCAAACUUAGUGAGGGAGAUGGGUCUGACACUAAAAAAUUGAAGGACAAAGGAAAACAUCUUGAAGUUGGAUCGUCUUCUCCAAAUACAUUGGAAAGUGGAUCUACAUCAGUAGUCACCUCAUAUGCUUCUGGAGAGGAAAAUGCUAGUUGGAGUGAAGAUGGAAAAUAUUUGAAAGUAACUACUACUGGCAUAAAAAACAUGGAAUUACCAAUUCCAUUACCUGCUAGAGGGCCUCCAAUUGUGGGAGAAAUUGUAAAUACUGGUGGAUCUGACAUAUCGGUAACUGAGUCAGAGGUGCCAAUCAUGGAGCCUGUUGCUCCAGUGCAGUCUGAAUUGUCUGGUUCAGAGAGAAAGGAAGGAGAGUUGAAGCAGAGGAAGUUUCAACGGAACAGGCAAGUCCUAAGAGAUAGGUUUGAUGACUGGGAAGAUGCCUAUAAACUUGAACUCGAGCAGCGAAGAAUGGAUGAAAUGUUCAUGAAGGAAGCACUUUUGGAAGCCAAGAAGGCUGCUGAUACUUGGGAGGUCCCUGUUGGUGCUGUUCUUGUGCAGCAUGGGAAAAUUAUUGCACGAGGAUGCAACUUAGUAGAAGAGUUACGGGACUCCACUGCCCAUGCUGAGAUGAUUUGUAUACGAGAAGCUUCAAACUUUCUUCGGACAUGGAGACUAUCAGACACUACACUUUAUGUAACGCUUGAGCCUUGUCCAAUGUGUGCUGGUGCCAUUCUUCAGGCAAGAAUAGAUAAUGUUGUGUGGGGAGCUCCUAAUAAGCUUCUUGGAGCUGAUGGUAGCUGGAUUAGGCUUUUUCCUGAUGGAGGAGAAAAUGUUUCUGAAGCAAGAGACAUUCCACCUGCCCCAGUUCACCCAUUUCAUCCAAAUAUAAAAAUAAGACGAGGGGUCUUGGCCACGGAGUGUGCUGAUGUGAUGCAGCAAUUCUUUCAAUUAAGAAGAAAAAAGAAGAAAGAAGAACCAUCAAAGGCUGUUACUCACCACCAUCCCUCCAAGUUACUUAACAAGAUACAUGACAUCUUUCACGUAAUGUUCUGUUUGUAAAAGAGCAGAUUCACAUAUUUCCUCAUGUUUUAAAUGAGCAUCCGAAUAAUAUUUUCAAACAUGAUGAAUGGCCAUUGUGGAAAGUACAAUGUUCAAUCAGCUAAGCUGUCGUGGAACCAAUUUUGUCAACUUUUAUUUCAAGUUAUAACAGCUUAGUAUAGAUAAUGACAUGAAUACAAUGAUAUAAUAGAGCCUA